AGACGAGGACAAGAGGGCAGUGCAGUUUGGUGCGGCUCUGUGGCACCCGUGCAGUACGAGCGUUUCUCUUGGCGUUGCAUUUUUUUCCCUAGUCGUGGUUUUCGUCGUGAAAUCCCCAUAAACAAACGUAUUUCGCGUGAACACGUUUUACCGUUCCAUUUUCCACGUUCGCCACGACGCGAAAAUCCGCGCGGAUGUGUCGUUAGUGUUUACACGUGUUCUUUACGUUCGCGCAGUGUUUCAAGAAGAAGAAGAAGAAGAAGAAGAAGAAGGCCCAGGGACAUACACACGUACGCGGAACUGCGCCUAAGAAAGCGGGAAAGAGAGGAAAGACGACGUAGAGGAGGAAGAAGAAGCAGAAGAUGAGCAAGACGUGCGCCCGCUGCGAGAAAACGGUCUACCCGAUCGAGGAACUCAAGUGCCUCGACAAGAUAUGGCACAAACAGUGCUUCAAGUGUCAGGGUUGCGGAAUGAUCCUGAACAUGCGGACGUACAAGGGGUUCAACAAACAGCCAUACUGUGAGGCACACAUACCAAAGGCGAAAGCGACGACGAUGGCGGAGACGCCGGAGCUGAAGCGCAUCGCCGAGAACACGAAGAUCCAGAGCAACGUCAAGUAUCACGCGGAGUUCGAGAAGGCGAAGGGGAAGUUCACCCAGGUGGCUGACGACCCGGAGACGCUCAGAAUCAAGCAGAACAGCAAGAUCAUCUCGAACGUCGCCUAUCACGGCGAGCUCCAGAAGAAGGCGAUCAUGGAACAGAAAAGGACGAUGACCGGCGAGAACGGCGAACAAAUUGAGUAUGUAGAGUACACGGAUGGUACAAUCACGCCAACAUCAGGCGUAAAUGCGAAUCCACCAGCUGCGAGAAGCGCAAGCUCGCCCGUGCAAAGGACACCAGGUAGGAUCGCCGAUUACGAUCCCCUUAGCGAGGCGAGACCGAGCCCUUAUUCCGCCAGACAAGCGGCCACCACUGUGAUUUAUACGAGCGACAAGGGACCAGUGACGAAUCCACCUACCAGAAAGAUCGGCUCUGUGGCGGACAUAGACCCUGUGAACGAUUACUAUGGUUCGUUGACGCCUGCCACAAACAAUAAUCACGUUCCACAGCAUCAGCCGCCGCCACCACCACCCACCAAUGUUGGGAGAGUGUACAGAGCAAUGUACGACUACGAGGCCCAGGACCUGGACGAGGUGAGCUUCUGCGACGGGGAUCUGAUCGUCAACUGCACGGCCAUCGACGAAGGCUGGAUGACCGGUCUGGUGCAGCGCACAGGCAGACACGGCAUGCUCCCAGCGAACUACGUCGAGCCCGCGCAAAUCUAAACCAUCCAAUGUUUCCACGUCCUCGUCGUCUUCGUUAGCCGAAGAAAGUGGCGCAGGACGAGCCAGCGACGAGAAGAAACCGAGGCACAGGGUGUCGGAGCGCUCGAGACCAUCGCCAGGAAGCUCUGGGAAAAAGAAGACGUGGAGAAACAAUCGUUCCCUCGAGUUUCAAUGCUCAGGGCACAGCAGGAGUCACUUCCAGGCGCUGGACGAGCUAGCGACGAGAAGAAGCUGAGAUUCAAGGUGUCGGAGCACUCGAGGCCAUCGCCAGGAGGCUCUAGGAGGAGGAAGACAUGGUACCUCGAGUCUCAACACUCAGGACAUGGUUGGAAUCCCUUUUUGACGCAGGACGAGUCAACGAUGAGAAGAAGCUGAGACUCGAGAUGUUAGAGCACUCGAGACAGUCGCCAGGAAGCUCUAGGAUAAGGAAGACAUGAAGAGGCAAUCGGUCCUUCGAGUUUUAACACUCGGGAUACGGUUGAAUCCCUUCCUGUCACGUCAAGUCGCUCGAAGAAUCCUCGAUUGAUCUCUAAGAUUGCCUAGCAUCGUCGCAGCGUCAUUUUCCCAAGAACAAUCUUCAAGCAUAACAAAGAUCGGGACCUGGGACCAGCGAACAGAGGGAUUCUUUACCUACCACCCUGAUUACGGUUUGUCCAGUAGUGUUGUUUUCAAUUGAAUCGUCGAUCUUCCUUUUUUAGAGGGGAACUGGAAGCUACCCUGAUAUUUUUGAACGCUUCCAGCCACUGAACAAUCGAUUCGAAUCGAUGGGGAUUGUUCUUUGGCACUAGUAACCGAGUGCUUGCACUCAAGAGAGCAAUAAAAGAUUCUCUUUUAAUACAUCGAGGCCUCCAGAAGUCGUGGAGGCCUCUAAAAAGUAAGUGACCUUCUCUCGGCCUCCGAGAGGGCUUGCAACAAUAUAAUUCCAUGAUGGGACCAAAUUCCGUUCGCCUCGUCGAAGAGGAACACCCUGAGUGCCUUUCGCUAGCAGUAAUUUUUAUAAAUGAAUUGUCAAAUUCGAGGCACGCGCAUAUACACAGUACAGUUCUAUUUUUCUUUUUUUUUUCGAAAUCAUUCCGCUGCUUCGAGGAUUCCACUUUCUGUUUUAUUUAUCACGAUAAGGACCAGUUUGACCAUAUCGCGACGACAAAGACCGAAGGGUCGAGCAUUUAUAUUUUUGUUUUCUCCUUUUUUUAUCGACACCUGUUUUUUAGACUACUCAUUUUUACCUAUAGAGAUUUUGAGAAACAGAAUUAAAGUAAUGUGUUCUCAUGCUUGUUUGUUAAGAAGUACUCAUAUUUAUGUAUUAAGUCUGUGCGAGCACUGUAACGUUCUCGACUCUAAUUCUUGGGUCCUGUUUGAAACGAUCGAUUGAAAGCGUCGGACCAAAUUUUAAUACAUUUGCAGAUAAUGUAUAAGAGGAAUCCUUGAUUUAAUUGCAUUCCGACUUACUAAUUUAGAUUACAACCAUACUAAUAUGGUAUUUUAAUAGACAAAGAACAUUAAACACAAUGUUAAACUCUGUUUUUGAAGAGAAUUCAAUAUUCAGGAUCGAAACGUUAAGGUGGUUGUACAGAGUGCAAGAUUAUUGUUACAUUUGCAUGCACCGUUGUUGACAAUUUCUGUCCUCUGAGUCUUUGUCCACCUACGCGCGUUGCUUUCGCAUCUCUUCGUCGAAGAACACACAUUGUUGCACUCGAACUAUCGAGGUUCGAUGGAAAUUGCUAUUUAUUUGCGAAGAAAAUACGAGAAUGUGGAAGCCACAGUGAUGUGAAUUAAUGUUCCAAAAAAUGGCUCUAUACAUGAGCUCGAUUAGUCAUCUCGAUCAUCUCGUUAGAACGCAGAAAAGGAUGUCUCGCAUCGCUAUGGCUUUCACUCAAACUUGAACUAGAACACUGAGUGCGCCACACCGUUCAUUGUGAUCCAAAAGGAGCAACGAUGUGCCUUAUAGUAGACCUUUAAUUAGGAUAAUCUAACGCGAGCUUACGUCGCGGUUUAGACGAAGACAGAUGAAAAAGAAAUCCCACAAACAAACGUUAUCGUAUGUCGUUAAACGAUAUACAGAAUUUCUAUACAGUUUUCUUUUCUUUUUUUUUUAGAACUAUUUUUGAAAGUGAAUCUAGUUAGGAUAACGAAGGAUUUGUAAUAAUGUUGUUAGAUACGAAAGUUUCGUUACGCUUCGCCUGUUCAAUUCGAUGCACGAAAGAAAGUAACGACCGUUGGAAAUCUUUAUUACCGUUCUUUAUCCAGUUAACGACAUUAACCAACAUUUACCUAAUAGCUGUUAAGUUUUAUCACGCGAGAUUCGCCCCUGUUAACCCUGGAAUACCACAUGCAUUUCUUUCGAUUCAUUAAUGUUGCACCAUUAUUAUUUACAUCUUCAUGAUUUUAUUUACGAAUACUUUUUGAAAUCAGUCAGUAUAAGACGAUUAUGUAUUCUCAGAAUUAUGUUUAUAUUAUAUUAGUUUAUAUGCACAUUGAAGGGGUGAAAAAAUGUAGUUAUCGAAGUUCAAUAUCGUAUUUUUCAUUCCACGAUGUUUCUAUGUAAACGCAAGACAAGAAUACUUAAGAUCAUUUGAUUCCAGUGUGGUAAUCCAGGAUUAAAAUGCUUCUUCGGCUUUCUGUAAUCCUUUCAGUACUGAUCGACCUAAUUUGCGCGUGGCAAUGUUCGGAGGCAUCGAUUGUACAUUUGCAUUCUGAUCUGUGAAGUAUAAUAUUACUUCGACAGUAUUUUACAUGGUGAUUCGAGAGCCUGAAAAGCACGAGAAAUUGUAUUACCACGCAUUGAAAUCACCCAAAUAUUAAUAAUUGAUCCGAACUACUCUUAGAAAUUAACAAACAUUAAGGGUAGCGUAUGGACGAGCUUGAUUAAUACUUUGUUAAAUAUUGCGAACAGUUGAACGAGCACACAUAUCUUCAACUGUCCGCCAUUUUAUUUGACUUUACCAUCGAUACUGAAAGGAUUUGAUCGCUUCCACAGAUAUGUCGGCAAUACGAGAUUGUUCUCCGCGAUGGUCUCGAUUAUUCAUAUAUAGCUUUAUGCCAGAUGUCCAAUUAAUGUACAGAUAAUAUAGUGACCGAGAUAACUCGUCGUUAACAAAUGAUAUCGUGCUACCAUUGCGGAGUAUCUGCGGCCCUCUCGUUGAUCCUUCGUUUCUUCUUUCGCCUCUCUUGUUCAAAAUUCCUGUCCUGAGAAAUUUGGUUCCUCGAGGAACGUGUUUACAUUGCAUUUACCUGAGUAGGAGAAUAGGUGAGUUAUAUAUGCCCGCAUAUAUGUGCGAAGGAAUUAAACGGCAAUGUUGUUACGCGCGUAUGGGACGUUGUUCGAGUUCGUGAUAACGCGAGGAGAUAUAUUCAUAUUUUUGGAAACGUGUUAGCAAUUUCUUUUCUUCCCUUUUUGUAAUUACUAGAACACCGAUAAGACGAUCUACGAUUAUAAUUGAGAAUCAUACAGAAAUAUAUAUUAGUGUUGUUUAAAGCAGAUAAUAUUAUAUUAUGAUACGAGAUCAUAAACAAUGAAUAUGUUAUGUAA